AUGAUGACGCAGUACGAGGUGCAAGCCGCCCACUGGCUUCAGACGAUGAAGUCCCACCAGGAGGAGGGCUACCUCAAGGAAGUCUUCCCCAUCAUUUUCGACCUGGACAACUUGCCCAUGCUGCGGGAGAUCAGCGCCACUCAGCGCUUUGAGGAGAUCGGAUAUGUCCAGAACCACGAGGAGGACGGAGGCGGAGGCUUCCGGUGCCUCUACCACUGGGAGCUGGUCACUGCCUUCGAUGGCAGGGCGGCGGGGGACUUUGUGAGCCACCUGGAUGCCUUGGCCAAAGACUGCGCCGCCAAGGAGUGGCAGAUCAUGCACAUACUCUCAGUGACUGUGGCCAUCUUGGCCGUGAUCUCCAUCCUGCUCAUUGCCCGCAAAAUCCGGCGCUCCGUGCGCGUGAUCUCCGCCUUCCGCAGCUCCUCGGUGACCUGGGCGCAGCUCAGCGCCCAAGACAUCGCCUCGAUGCUCUCCAUCUGGUGGGCCAUGGCGCUCGCCUCCAACUUUGUUCAGCUGGUCGCGGCGGUGGAGUGCCUGCGAUUGCAGCCGGAGAUCGGGCACCGCUUCAUGUGGGUGGGCUUCAGCUGCUUCCUCACCUGGAUGAACAUGAUCCAGUACUUCGAGAGCUUCCCAAGUUACUUCAUCGCCUUCCACACCAUCGCCCACAGCGGCAUGAGGAUCCUGCAGCUCUUCUUCUCCGUUGCGCCGCUGCUCGACGAAAAUCGAAGAAACACGUGA